AUGGAAGGAAUUGAGCACAGAACAGUUGAAGUGAAUGGAAUCAAGAUGCAUAUCGCCGAGAAAGGAAAAGAAGGACCGGUUGUUUUGUUCCUUCACGGCUUCCCUGAACUCUGGUACUCAUGGCGCCACCAGAUUGCCGCUCUCGGCUCCCUUGGUUACCGUGCCGUGGCUCCGGAUCUCCGUGGCUACGGGGACACGGAAGCUCCCGCUUCGUUUUCCUUGUGGCUCAUGAUUGGGGUGCUAUCAUUGGUUGGAAUCUCUGUUUGUUUCGCCCUGAGAGAAUCAAAGCUUAUAUUCCAGGAACCUGGAAAAACAGAAGCUGAAUUUGCAAAAAGCCCAGAGUUAGUUAUGAAGGCCAUGCUUACAGGUAGGAGUGGUAAGCCACUGAUAAUACCCAAAGAAGGCUUCUUAGCUUUUCCAGAAGCUAUAAGAACAAGGCCCCUCCCUUCUUGGCUCUCACAACAAGAUAUCGAUUACUAUGCUUCUAAAUUUGAAAAGACAGGAUUCACUGGUGCCCUUAACUACUAUAGAAAUUUCAACUUAAACUGGGAGUUGACAGCAGCAUGGACCGGAGCGCAAAUUAAAGUACCUGUGAAGUUCAUCACAGUUGUGCUAUUAGGGGAACUUAUUUGUUCUAAUGAAUUGGAAAUUCCUUUGUUAUGUUUUUCUUUGCAUGAUCAAGUACUUAUCUCUACUCAAUGGUCAAAAAUAUAUAGAUAUCAUCAUGCCAUUUAG